AUGAAGAAGAUGCGCGAACAUCGUGAAGUUCAGCAGUCAUUUCGACGCUUUUUCCGAUGCGCUGCGAAGGUGCCGAUUCGUAUAGUGCGCCGCCUUCUCGAGACCAAACUAUUUCUCACUGAUCAAUUCAGCGUUCAUUUCAUUUCGGAUAGGGAUUUCCAGGACAUUCCUGAUGACGUUACUCUACGCACGUUGGUGCUGGAUGGCGGCUUCGAUCGAACAAGACCUUUUCGGCUGUUCUUCACACUCAUUCCGACCGUAAACGAUGACGCUCCGCCAGUUUUGGACGCGGAAACAAUGCCCUGUCUCAUGCCGGAGGCGCCCGUUCAUCAAGAGGCGCCAUCAACGAUCCAACCACCCGGCCAACUACAACCUGUCCAACUCGUCUCUCCAGUGGUCCCAGCGCUGACUGUCAGUCUUUCAACGGAUAUCUAUGGCCAUUCCGCUCCAAUUAUAACUCCACAAUGUGCACCGCGUAAAAGAAGGAAGCUGAGCGAUCCGAAGAAAAGUCCAACGGAAAAGUCACCAACAGCAGUACCACACCAGCCAUCGUUAGCGCCGAAUAUGCUUGUCGGCCCACUGAUUCGACCAAUGUUCAUCACACCGCCGCAGUUUAUUCAUCGUUCGCCUCCGAAUAUGCAUAUUUCUAUGCCGUACCCCCAGCCCGCCCAGCCAGUCCAGGUGUGUUUGCCUUCUCAUUUCUUCAAUCCCACCCGGUGUCUGCCACUCCCUUGUUUUUGCGAUGAGUUCUGA